AAAGUGAGAUUAAGAUUGUCCUAUUGUGUAUCAUCUUCAUUUUCAUCUUCUGAAAAAUUUAAAUAUUUCUUCAUAUUUCGAGGAUAAAUAUUUCUAAUGUCAAAUAUUUUUAGAACAAGGUGUUCACUUUACAAACAUUUUUAUAGCAAUAAUUAAAUAUAGAAUAUGAAGUAAAUAACUAAUAAACUCUUAAAUUUUCAGAAAAAGUGAUACAGUCGUAACAUUAUCAAUAUUUGUAUUUAAUGCAAGGACGUUAUAAUAAUAGUUACAUGGAUAUAUUAUCUGAAAUUAAGAAAAUUUUGAAAACCGAUACAAAAAGAAAACGGAAGCUUAAAUAUGUUAUUAAAAAUCAUAUAUCAAUAUUAUUAAAUCCUACUAUUAAAUUACAACCAUACAUUGAAGAAGAUUGUCUUCUAUUAACAAAUAAAACAGAUGAUAGACACGAAAGCCUUAUACAAAACUUUGGUGUUGACACAAAAAUUGAAGCACAUAAAAAUUCAGAUCAAAACAAUUUUCUUAAUAUUUUCAGAAAAGAAACUAAUCAAACUAGUAAAUUUACCAAAUCGUAUAUGCCAAAGUCAUGCUAUGACAUUACAAUACAUAAGGAAGUCUCAGCAUUGCAAAAUAAAAAAUUAAACACAAGAAGCUCACUGAUAAAUCUUCUUAAUGCUGUAAAAGAACAAGAUAUUUAUUCCCUUGAGUAUUCUUUGUAUGACGAUGUAACUUUACUGGGCCAAUCGAAUACUCAAAGAAAAAUAGAAAGAAGAUUGAAACACUGUAUAGACAGUGAAAAUGAUCUAAUUGAUGAAUCUAACCAUUCAUUCAAGCCAUCUUCCUCACUUCAAAAUUCUUUUGUCACUAAUAUUUUCAAAUUUGGCUUAGUCAAUAAAGAUAGUUCAAAACAGCGAUGUGAAGCUAAUAAUGUACAAUGUCAAAUUUCAACAUUAUCUAAAUCAAUUCCUAAUAGUGAAACAUCUUCAUCGUAUAGUUAUAAUAAACAGACUAAUUUCACUUUAUCACAAAAAAUUAAAAAUACAAAAAUUCAAAAAGUACCAAAAAUAUCGGUUGACCAAUAUACCUCUGCAAUAUCAUCAGAAUCCGAUUUAUCUUCAUGUACAACGCCAAUUAUAAACACUACUGUUAAGAGUUAUUCCUAUCGUAAAACAGAGAGAAAAAUUUCCCGUUCAUUAUCACAAAGUCCAAGGAGAGUACAAGAUCACAGUUAUAGUAACGAAAGUUCUUGCUCAUUAACGAGUACAAUUCCACGGGAUCGACGGAGCUUUUCGUAUUCUUCACGAUCAUCAGUUUCAAGUCGAUUGUCGAGGUACAUUUUGUCUGAAUCAAGUAAAUCACGUUCUCCUUCUAUUCCUCGCAGAUAUGGAUCACCUAGUUUUUUGGAAAGACGAAGAAUCACUAGGGUUACGGGAUAUAAUUCAGAAUUUGUGAUUAUGAAGGAUAUGGCUACUAAGAUUGCCGAAUUGAAGUUUGAGGCACCUUUAGCAUGUUUUGAAGAAGAAGAUACUUCAGCAAUCAAAAAUAGAAAUAUUUUUUCAGAUCAAUUAGUAGGCAUCAAUAUUGGCAACAAUUACAUUGAAAGUCCGAAUUGCAAUACAUCUAGAAUUCCUGAUAAUACAGAUACUAUUCAUGAUGGAGCAUUUAGUCCUUUCAGUGGAAGUCUUGAGGAUUUAGUUAAUACAUUUGAUGAAAAAAUAACAUCAUGUUUUAAAGAUUAUGGUACCAAUGUAGAGUCUCUGGCUCCAGUACAAGUUCGAACUCAGGAGGAAAUAAUGAAUGAGUGUCAGAUGUGGUGGACAAUAACAGGCACAUUUGGCAACAUAUUACCUAUUGACUGGAAUAAGUCUUAUGCUCGAAAGAUGCAUGUUCCGACACUAAAUUUGAAUGAUGCAAUUAAACCAUCUAAUGGAAUUGUAUUAGAGGAUCUAAGUAGUGAAGAUGAAGCUGUGGCAACAGAUUUGGAUAUGCAUGCUUUAAUUUUGUCAAGCCGUAAUGAGAAUUACAACAUAGAAGAACCAGUAAAAACAGCUGAUGAAGUUUUAAGGGAAAUUGAUGAUAUAAUGCAAGAGAGUCCAGUUGAUGAAUCAUUCCAUUCAGAAUGUUUUCUAGAAAUAAAUGAGGCACUGGAAAGAAGUAAGGAGGUUUUGUCGUCACCGCUACACGAAAAAAGAUUAGAACAAUAUUCAUCAAAACAACUAUUAGAAUUUUUAAGCGAAAUGGAUUCCUUAAUAUCUGCUUUGAGUGAAAGUUUAAUAAACGAGUUAGCUUUGAGGGAUGAACUUGAAUACGAAAAAGAAUUGAAAAAUCAAUUUAUAUCAUUGCUACUUGCAGUUCAAAAUCGUCGGAGGCAGCAUCAUGUUGCAAAAAAACGGAAUCAAUCACAGACUGGAAGUAGCCCAUUGCCACAACAAAAAUCAUUUCAUGAAUCGAAGUAUUUGACAACAGUUAUUCCUUACCAUACCGAUAAUGGUAAUUUAGAUAAUCAAGCUUUGCAAGUUCUAAUCAAAAUUUUGAAAGCGAUUAAUGAAGACAGUCCAGCAGUACCAGCCUUAUUAACAGACUACAUACUAAAAGUCCUUUGCCCAACUUAGGAAUCUUCUACUGUCAAGAAAUGCGUAAUUAUAAGCACAAGCUCAUAUAAAUACAACACUGAAUUGUCAAGAGUAAGCAUACGCACAACUACUUGCAUCCGAAUACUGUAAUAAAAAUACAAAUAAUCAUGUAUAAUCCAAAUCUAUUUAGUCUAAUCAUUGCAUACAUUAUCAGAGCUAUUGUAUGUCUAGUCUUCGUGCAAAGUAUUACCUAUAAUAAACGUUGUGAUUGUCAAAGUAGUAAUUUGUUGUAUUAUAGUUGCAAAC